AUGGUUCAAUCUGCAGUUCUGGGUUUCCCCCGUAUGGGUGUGAACCGUGACCUGAAGAAGGCAACUGAAGCUUACUGGGCUGGCAACCUCUCCCAAGCUGACCUCCUCACCGAGGCCAAGCGUCUUCGUCUUGCCCACUGGAAGAUCCAGAAGGAUGCCGGUGUAGACAUUAUCCCUAGCAACGACUUUGCUCUCUAUGACCAAGUCCUCUCUCACAUCCAAGACUUUGGUGCCGUCCCUGAGCGAUAUUCUAGCGCCAACCUCGACCGCGUCGAUGAAUACUUUGCCAUGGGCCGUGGCCACCAAAAGGGCGGUGUCGAUGUUCCCAGCUUAGAAAUGGUUAAAUGGUUUGACUCCAACUACCAUUACGUCAAGCCUACUCUGCAAGACAACCAGACCUUCAAGCUCACCGCCAAUCCGAAGGCCGUGGUUGAGUUCCUUGAGGCCAAGGAGGCCGGUAUCAACACCCGCCCCGUACUGCUCGGUCCCGUGUCCUUCCUCCACUUAGGCAAGGCCGACCGUGGCCAGAGCGUCAACCCCAUUGACCUUCUUGACAAGCUUCUACCAGUUUAUGAAGAGCUCCUCGCUAAGCUGAAGGAAGCUGGUGCCGAGACUGUUCAGAUUGAUGAGCCUGUCCUCGUCUUCGACCUGCCCACCAAGACCAAGGCCGCUUUCAAGCCUGCCUACGAGAAGUUCGCCAGCUUGGCUGCUAAGAUCCCCAACCUGGUCUUCACUACCUACUUUGGUGAUAUCGUCCACAACAUUGACCUCCUCCCCAAGGAUGUCUACGCCGUCCACAUUGAUCUUGUCCGCAACCCUGAGCAGCUUGAGACUGUUCUUGGCGCUCUUGGACCCAAGACUGCUCUCUCUGUCGGUGUUGUUGAUGGCCGAAACAUCUGGAAGACGAACCUGAAGCGUGCAAUUGAAGUUGCCGAGACUGCUAUCCAGAAGCUUGGCAAGGACCGCGUCAUCGUUGCCACUUCCAGCUCUCUCCUCCACACUCCCCACACGCUCGCCAGCGAGAAGAAGCUGGACCCUGAAAUUGCCGACUGGUUCUCUUUCGCCUCUGAGAAGGCUGUUGAAAUCGCCAUCAUUGCUAAGGCCGUUACCGAGGGACCUGCCUCUGUUCGAGAGGCUCUUGAGGCUAACGCCAAGUCUUUGAACGCUCGCGCCACCUCGAAACGAACAAACAACCCUCAAGUCAAGGAGAGGCAAUCCAAGAUUGCUGCCUCAGACUACAACCGAAAGUCUGAGUUCCCAUCCCGAAUUUCGCAGCAGCAGAAGAAGCUCAACCUCCCUCUCUUCCCCACUACAACCAUUGGUUCUUUCCCCCAGACCAAGGAAAUCAGAGUGCAACGAAACAAGUUCACCAAGGGAGAGAUCACGGAGGCUCAAUAUGACAAGUUCAUUGAGCAGGAGAUUGACUCCAAUGUUAAGAUUCAGGACGAGCUCGACCUAGAUGUCUACGUCCACGGUGAGCCUGAGCGAAAUGACAUGGUUCAGUACUUCGGUGAGCGUUUGGACGGCUAUGCCUUCACCACGCACGCUUGGGUCCAGAGUUACGGUUCUCGAUGUGUGAGACCUCCUAUUAUCGUCGGUGAUAUCUCUCGCCCGGCCCCCAUGACUGUCAAGGAGUCCAAGUACGCCGUGUCUGUCUCCAAGAAGCCCAUGAAGGGCAUGUUGACUGGCCCUGUUACCUGCUUGAGAUGGUCUUUCCCUCGUGAUGACGUCCACCAGUCCGUCCAGGCUGAGCAGCUUGCUCUAGCCCUCCGUGACGAGGUUGUUGACCUUGAGAAGGCUGGCAUUGAUGUCAUCCAGGUUGACGAGCCCGCUCUUCGUGAGGGUCUACCUCUCCGAUCCGGCAAGGAGCGCCAGGCUUACCUUGACUGGGCUGUCAAGGCCUUCAGGCUCUCUACCGUCGGUGUCGAGGAUUCGACUCAGAUCCACUCGCACUUCUGCUACUCUGAGUUCCAAGACUUCUUCCACGCCAUCGCCGCUCUUGACGCUGACGUGCUGUCUAUUGAAAACAGCAAGUCCGACUCGAAGCUUUUGGGCGUUUUUGUCGACGAGGCUUACCCUCGUCACAUUGGUCCUGGUGUCUACGACAUCCACUCCCCGCGUGUCCCCAGCGAGGAGGAGAUCAAGGUCCGCAUCGAAGAGAUGCUUCAGUACCUUAAGCCUGAGCAGCUCUGGAUUAACCCUGACUGUGGUCUUAAGACCCGUCAGUGGAAGGAGACUAAGGAGGCGUUGGUCAACCUGGUCAACGCAGCCAAAUUUUUCCGUGCCAAGUAUGCCAAAUAA